AUGGCUUCUUCUCUGACCCGUGCCGCUGCGGCACGCUUCGUCGCCUCCAAGACCCUUGCGGUCACCGCCGGGGCUGCUACUGCCACCCCCGUCGCCGCCCUGGCCUCCUCGCUGGGCAGCGUCUCCGGUACCGCCGCUUCGGUUCCCAGCCGCGCUGCCGAGCUGGCCUCCCUCUACAGCACCCUGAACGCCCCCCAGCCGCUGCACGAUCACGACCGUAUCUUCACCAACCUUUAUGGUCGCCACGAUUGGGCCCUCAAGGGCGCCAUGGCGCGCGGUGACUGGUUCAAGACCAAGGAGAUCCUCCAGAAGGGCUCCACCUGGAUCAUCGACGAGAUCAAGGCGUCCGGCCUCCGCGGUCGUGGUGGUGCCGGUUUCCCCACCGGUCUCAAGUGGUCCUUCAUGAAGGGCGACUGGAAUGACGGCCGGCCCAAGUAUCUGGUUGUCAACGCCGAUGAGGGUGAGCCCGGUACCUGCAAGGAUCGCGAGAUUAUCCGCCACGACCCGCACAAGCUGGUCGAGGGGUGCCUGGUGGCCGGUCGUGCCAUGGGUGCCUGCGCCGCGUACAUUUACAUUCGCGGUGAGUUCUACAACGAGACCUCCAACCUGCAGACCGCCAUCAAUGAGGCCUACAAGGCCGGCUUCCUGGGCAAGAACGCCUGCGGGUCCGGCUACGACUUCGACAUCUACAUCCAUCGUGGUAUGGGUGCCUACAUUUGCGGCGAGGAGACCGCCCUCAUCGAGAGUAUCGAGGGGAAGGCCGGCAAGCCGCGUCUGAAGCCCCCAUUCCCGGCUGAUGUCGGUCUCUUCGGCUGCCCGACCACCGUGGCCAAUGUCGAGACCGUGGCCGUGGCCCCGACCAUUUGCCGCCGUGGUGGCUCCUGGUUCGCCUCCUUCGGUCGUGACAAGAACGCCGGCACCAAGCUCUUCUGCAUCUCCGGCCAUGUGAACCAGCCGAUGACCGUCGAGGAGUCCAUGUCCAUCCCCCUGCGCGACCUGCUCGAGCGCCACUGCGGUGGCAUCAUCGGCGGCUGGGACAACCUCAAGGGUGUCAUCCCCGGUGGUUCCUCUGUCCCGGUCAUGACCCGCGACAUCUGCGACACCGUCCUCAUGGACUACGACGCCCUGCGUGACGUUGGCUCCGGUCUCGGUACCGCUGCCGUCAUUGUCAUGGAUGAGUCGACCAACAUGGUUGAUGCCAUCGCCCGCCUGGCCCAUUUCUACAAGCACGAGAGGUUCGGCCACGCCACCCACGAGGAGAUCGACACCAUGUUCGAGCUGACCAAGCAGAUCGAGGGUCACACCAUUUGCGCCCUGGGUGAUGCCGCCGCCUGGCCUGUUCAGGGUCUCAUCCGCCACUUCCGCCAUGAGCUGGUUGAGCGCAUCUCGACCACCGACAAGGCCGGCACCAAGCACGCCACUGCUUAA